CUCAUCCAAAUAACACGUGUGUGAUACAUUAUUCCAUAUAUCGGCAGUCUGGACACCACAAAACCCUCUGCACUCGGCAUCUGCAUCCUAGGGUUUGCAUUAGCGAACCUAAGAACUGCAAAAUAACCGCCAUUAAUGGCCUCUCUACUCUCAUUUGGACCUAACCUGGUCUUCUCUCCCUUCCCAGACAGAACCAGAACCAUAAACCCACUUCUCCACCGAACUCACUUUGUUGGUCUCUCGCAUCACAAGCCCUUCCUUCGCGGCACACUAGGCGUGGCCAGGUUCGGAUUCGGGCACGUACCACUUCCCGAUCCUGAUACUGCAGAGACCCUAAUUCGCGACCUAUUUGGGAGAGCCGAAGGUUUCCUUUACACAAUUGCCGAUGCCGCUGUUUCGUCUUCGGAUACGGUUGCGAGCACCAAACAGAACAAUGAUUGGCUUUCUGGGAUUACAUAUUACAUGGAAAGCGUUUUAAAGGUUCUGAAGGAUGGGCUCUCUACUUUACACGCUCCUUAUGCUUAUGGUUUCGCAAUUAUUCUACUAACUGUAAUUGUUAAAGCUGCCACAUUUCCAUUAUCGAAGAAACAGGUCGAAUCUGCGAUGGCAAUGCGAUCAUUGCAACCUCAAAUAAAGGCUAUUCAGCAACGGUACGCUGGAGAUCAGGAGAGAAUUCAGCUUGAAACUGCUCGAUUGUAUAAACUGGGUGGCAUAAACCCACUGGCAGGAUGCCUGCCAACACUUGCCACCAUUCCUGUAUGGAUUGGGCUUUAUAGAGCCCUUUCAAAUGUUGCAGAUGAGGGACUCCUGACAGAAGGCUUCUUCUGGAUACCAUCCCUUGCUGGGCCGACUACAAUUGCUGCUCGACAAAGUGGCGGUGGCAUUUCAUGGCUUUUUCCUUUUAUAGAUGGUCAUCCUCCCCUUGGAUGGUCAGAUACGUUGGCAUAUCUUGUCUUACCUGUGCUGCUUGUUCUCUCACAAUACAUCUCUGUCCAAAUCAUGCAGUCAUCGCAGAAUAACGAUCCAAACUUGAAGAGUUCUCAAGCUAUAACGAAGUUCCUGCCCUUAUUGAUUGGUUAUUUUGCUCUUUCAGUUCCUUCUGGGCUAAGCCUUUAUUGGUUCACAAACAACAUAUUGAGCACAGCACAACAAGUAUGGCUUCAAAAGCUAGGGGGUGCAAAAAAUUUAGUGGGGCAGUUGAAUGAUAAUAUUAUUAAGGAAGAGCUAACCCAAAUUCAGAAGUCUGUCCUUGAAACGAAUACAACUUCAAAUGAGGCUAGACAAGGAGAAAAGGCGACUCCAAAGGGGCCCCGUCCUGGUGAAAGAUUUAAGCAGUUAAAGGAGCAAGAGGCAAGGAGAAGACAGCAGAGAGAGGAAGAAAAGGGGAAAGCUGAAGCAGCAGCAACUAACCGGAUUCAAAUUACAAAUGAGGGACUUAAGAAGGAAGGGAAUUUAGUUGAGAGGGAAAAUGGAGGUAGAGCCGAGUCAGGGAACGGAAGUUUUAACUCGACUGGGAUCAACAAUUCUUCAAAUAGUGGACAUGGUGUUGUGAAUGGUGAUCUUUCUACUUUGGACACAAAGGAAGACCAGGAGACUUACAUUUUUAGGACGAAAGACAGUGAACUUUCUGACAAGCUUGAGAAUGGGAAUGAUGAUCAAUCUUUCUAUGAAAAUCUAGAUAAGGAAGAAGCAGUCGCCGCUAUGGGCACUACAGAUAACAAACUCUCUGGUGAAGACAAAAGCCCGGACAGAAGUGAGUGAAUGAUGGAAAGUGAAACGGCUGUAGGACUACAGGAGCAAUAUAACCUUUUUUUGUGCCAAAGAGAUCAAAGGUUGACUUAAUCAUAUACACCUAUAUACAUAUCAGAGAUAAAACAGAAGCUCGAUGAUACUGCACACGUCAUGGCAACAACACGCACCCAUCCUUAAAAAGGAUCCACUGAAUAUUUUGAAUGGAGUGUCUUCCGCAUUUGUGGUGAGUCUUGAAGCCAAAAGGAGGGUGCAAGUUAUUGUUACAAAUGAAGAGUGCUGCAAUUUUUGAGGUGGUUACAUGUAACUGUAUUAGUUGGAUAAUGUAUAAAAUAGUUUGUAUCAAAUACUUGUUAUAAUUUGUUAUCCGUUUCUCAA